AUGGCUAAAAGAAGAACGAAGAGAAGAACUCAUAAAAAGGUAAAUGAAGAAGAAGAUGCUAAAAUACCGAAAUCAAUGGUCAUUCACCUCGGAUCAUCAUUAAAAAAUCAUUCAUUAUCUCAAUUAGUUUCUGAUUUUAGAAAUAUUAUGCAACCACAUACAGCCAUUAAUUUAAGAGAAAGAAAAUCAAAUAAAUUAAAAGAUUUCAUAGUGAUGUGUGGACCAUUACAUGUAUCAGAUUUAUUCAUUUUUAAUCAAUCUUCAUCAGGAAAUAUUACUUUACGAAUGGGUAAAUUACCAAGAGGUCCAACUUUACAAUUCAUGAUAAAUACUUAUAGUUUAUGUAAAGAUGUUCGUCGAAUUUUAAAACAUCCAAAAUCUGUUGGUAAAGAUAGUUUUGAAUUUCAUCAACCUCCAUUAUUAGUUAUGAAUGGAUUUUCAAAUAAUGUAAAAGAAUUACUGAUGCAUGAAAAAUUAAUGAUUACAAUGUUUCAAAAUAUGUUCCCACCAAUUCAACCACAAUUUACAAAAGUUAAUACAAUAAAAAGAGUAUUAUUAAUUAAUAAAAAUAAAGAAACAAAUGAAAUUGAAAUUAGACAUUAUUCAAUAAAUACAAAAUUAGUUGAAGAAAAUAAAAAUGUUAAAAAAUUAAUUCAAUCUCAUCAUAAUUUAAAAAAAAAAUUACCAAAAUUAACAAAUUCUCAAGAUGUUUCUGAUUUAAUAUUAGAUCCAUAUUCUGUUGGUGGAAUUACAUCAGAUAGUGAAAUUGAAGAUGAUGCAGUAGUUGAAGUACAACAUGAAGAAAUUUUAAAAAAAAAACAACUGGAAAAACCUCAAGAACAAGAAUCAAUAACAACAAAUAAAAAAAGAGCUAUAAAAUUAAUUGAAUUAGGACCAAGAAUAAAUAUGUCCUUGGUUAAAAUAGAAGAAGGAUUAGUUGGAUCUUCUAAAACUUUAUAUCAUUCUAACAUCUCAAAAACAAAUGAUGAAAUUGCUAAAUUAGAUUCAAAACAUAAAUUAAAAGAACAACAAAAAUUAGAAAGAAGAGCUAAACAACAAGCUGCUGUUCAAGCUAAAUUGGAUAAAAAGAAAGCUAAAAAGGAUAGGAAAAAGGCAAGAUUUGCUGAUGAAGAUGGAAAUGAAGAUAAUGAAGAGGGUGUUGUAGAUGAUGAUGGAGAUGAAGAUGAAGACGAAGACAUGCCUGAAAUAAAUGCAGAAGAUUAUGAAAAUGAUAGUGAUUUAUAUAGUGACGUAGAGGUAUAA